AUGCGAACGAAAAAAGUAUCCGACAAUCAUCCCAUUCAGUUGCCAUGUACUUUACCAAGUGUACAAUUUAAAAAUUUAUCUGUAUCACAACAAUCGCCAAUGAAAAAGACAUCAAAUCUUUUAGAUAUGACCACAAGUACUGAUCCAACACUAUUGUUAACUGAUUAUUUGACAAUAUCUAACAUCAAGUUUAAAGAAAUGUUAUUAGCAUCAACAUCAGACGAUAUUAGUAAAGAUGCUUUAAAUGAAUUGUUGAAUAAGGAAGACAUAUUCUUAUACAUUCGUCAACUGACUCAACUUGUCAAAAAAGUAAAUUAUUCCAAAUUACAACAUGAACAAUGGUCUUACUAUUACCAUCUCGGCAAUACAGAAGGCAUUUGGAAUGGACGUGUAUCGAAAAAUAUGGCCGAUGCUAAUUCAAUGUGCCAAACAUAUGGUCGAUCAAAAAUGUUAAUUCAACAACGUCAACAGAAAUAUAAACAACAAUUUGAACAGAACCAAAAUGAUAUUAAUGAACAUAUGAAACAAGUACCUGCACUUAUUGAUAUGACUCAAAUAUUGAAUAUUAUAAAUAAUCUCAUUCAUAAAGAUCAAUAUCAUUUACGUAUUGAACUGGAAAGACGAAAAACUAUGCUCCAAUUCGAUGCCAAAGAACAUCAAUUAGUACACAAUUUUUAUCAAUUAAAGCCAAGAAAAACCACGAUUCAUUCAGCAAAAAUAAUAUGGAAAGCUAUUCAUGAUGAACAAGCAAUCCGAUUUGAAAUGGCUAUGUUUAACAAGUGGUUACCAUUUCUAAUUCUACCAACAUCAUAUACUCUUCAGGAUCUUCAAUUACCAAAUAUAAAUCAUAUAUUCACACAAUUAGUUUUUCGAACACGACAAAUAUCAACCUAUGAUUUAGGUGUUCAGACUUUGGCUAAAGCCGAAGAAAUAGUACAAACUUAUGCACAAAAAGCUAUUCAAGAAAAAAACAACCUACUACAGACAAGAUCUAAUCAUAAAAAUCGUUCAUUCUUCGACAAAAUCAUGACCACAAUUGUCGAUCGAGAAAACAAUAUGAUACAACGUGCACAAUAUGACAUUCAACAAAAACUACUCGUGACAUUCAAUCAAAAGCAAUCUCCACUCAUGAACCAUUAA